AUGAAGGGAACAUCUUCAAUUAUGUGUCGUAACAGUAAGAUCAUGGGAGACAUGAAGACUCCGGACUUUGAUGAUUUACUGGCCGCCUUUGACAUUCCAGACAUGGUCGAUCCUAAAGCUGCUAUUGAGUCGGGCCAAAAGCUUCAAUCUCGACUGCAACUUAAAUCCAUUUCUAGUGAACCCAAAAAGAGUUCUCAAAGUUCUCUGGGUGAUGCCUUCAACAAAGUCCUCACAAGCAUCAAUCCCGUUCCAGUCUAUGUCCCAAACCUGUCCCCUCCAUCCACAGCCAACCUAAUUCUACCUUCUCGAGGCUACAUGUGCGUCGAGUGUGGCGAUUCUUUUGCCCUGGAGAAAAGCCUGACCCAGCAUCGCGAACGGCGAAGUGUUAGAAUUGACGUGGCUUGCAACCACUGCGACAAAAGUCUAGUGUUUUACAACAAGUGCAGCCUGUUGUCUCACGCCAGAAGCCACAAAGACAAAGGUGUGGCCAUGCAGUGCUCCAACCUCAUCCUCAAACCGAUCCCAACUGACCAGAUGAUUGCGACCGCAAAUCCGGCAAGUUUACACAGUAUGAGACGUGAUUCAGACUCCAAAAAGGCUCCAAAACGAGAGUCGCAGGUGGUGGAACUGUCUUUGCCGUGUGCUGCUACAGUCGAGGAUGAAGUGUCUAAACUGGAUCAGCCAAACCAUAAGUGUUGGGAGUGCAAGGAAAUGUUUGAGGAUGCCAACUCUCUAGCAGCCCACUACCAGCAGGAGUCCAGUAACCAGAAAACGUGUUCUGUCUGCCAAAUGAUGCUGCCAAAUCCAUGCAGCUUUCAGUCUCAUCAGCGAAUUCACCAACACAAGGCUCCGUACGUCUGUCCUGAAUGUGGAGCCAGUUUUCAGUCGGUCCAUAUUCAAGCAAAUCACGUCAACAGGACCUGCCUUCACUACAGCCGGCGGAGUGGGUUCAGAUGUGUCCACUGCAGCAUGGUUUUGGCGGAUGCUUCCACUCUCAAGGCCCACAUUCAAAGUUCUCACUGUGAGGUCUUCUACAAAUGUGCGAUCUGCCCCAUGGCUUUCAAAUCUGCCCCUGGGACGCACUCUCAUGUCCACACGCAGCAUCCAGGAGGGAAAGCAGGAGAGCCCAAGCUGAUCCACAAAUGUGCCAUGUGCGACACAGUAUUCACUCUUCAGUCUCUUCUUUACAAACAUUUGGAACAACACGUCAACACUCACAGAGUCGCGGUUUUCAAAUGUCCAAACUGCUCCAUGAACUACGCUCACAAACAACUCAUGCUCGAUCACAUCAAGGCCACUCAUGGAACUCUGAAGCCAGCUGAGGGCCCACCAAACCUCAGCCUCCCUCUGAUCCUGAGGGCCACCAACUCCAACUGCUCCAGUAUCAACUUGAACCACAGCAAAGAGAGUGGAAAUGAAAACAGCCCUGACAAGUCUCUGCCAAAGAGAGGAAGCAGCAACAACCACAAAGAGCUGAGGUGCAGUGAGUAUGUGUGUGCGGAGUGCAACACGAGCUUCAGCUGCAGAGAGACUUACGGUCGACAUCUGCGCCUAAAGCAUGGAAAGGUAUUAAAAAAACACCCGUGUCAUCACUGCGAGAAAUGCUUUUCUUCAGUGCACGCUCUGUAUCGACAUAACCGCCUCAAACACAAGGACAAAAGUCUCUCCUAUCCACAAUGUCCGCCUCUGAGUCAACCCUUUAUUCAAAGAGUCGUGUUGGAUCAAAAUAUUCAUCAAGAAGGGAAGACUAAAAACGCAACAAUUACAGAGACAGCGCCUGCUCAAGAAACGAUAAUUCCAAAGCGAAAGCCCGAAGUGUCUUCAGACGGCAGCUGCAGAGACUUUGAUUUAGUGCCUUUGAAGAAGCUCAAAGUCAAUAUUAUAAACAUUCUGAAAUGCGCCGUUUGUGGCUUUAACACCGAGAACACCACGGCUUUCAGAGAGCACAUUCCUCGGCACAAGACUGACGGGUCUUCGUACCAAUGUAAGGAGUGCGGCCUCUGCUACACCUCGCCUCGCUCCUUAUCCAGACACCUGUUCAUCACCCACCGCCUGAAGGAACCUCGCGGACAAGGCCACAGCUGCCCCAGACAGGGCAGAGGGGCUGACGAGAGCCAGAGAGAGAACCAGCUGAGCGCCGACGAGAACGACGACGGGGCGCCAAACACCAGGUGCAAAGUCUGCAGCAGAGACUUUGAAACGGAGGCCAUCUUGAACACCCACAUGAGGACACAUGGGAUGGCUUUCAUUAAGGCCAAAGCGAGGAGACUCAGAGAGGAGAUGAAUACUGACUAG